UAGUUGUCAAUGUGGGCCUAUAGAAUAUCUUAGGCUGCAUAAUAACUACGAGUAAAAAACAUACACCAUCUAUCUCUUCACGAAGCAUUUUGCAGUCUGUCAGUUGAUCUCCCUCUGAGGUGGUGGGGGCCGUGUAUCUAUUUGUGCACGCGUGCUGCGUGCAUGUUUUCCUAGUCACUAAUCGUUCGAUGGCGAGAUUCUUACAAGCAAACUUUAGAAAUGUGUUGGCCACUCAGUUAAGGAUGUCAUCCGACCAGUUGGGUGAACUUGGCAAAGGUGCAGGAAAAGGUGGUGGGGGCGGAGGGUCCAUUCGAGAGGCAGGGGGUGCUUUUGGAAAGAAGCAAGCAACGGAGGAGGAGAUGUACUUCAAACGUAAAGAGAAGGAGCAGUUGGGAGCUCUGAAGCAGCACCACCAGGGAGAGAUAGACCACCACAAGAAGGAGAUCGAGCGGCUGCAGCAAGAGAUCAAACGCCACGAAGGGAAAAUCAAAGAACUAAAAGACUAAAUGUGGCUUCACAGAAGUGCUUAAAGCUUUGUACCUGUUUCAGACUCGGUGAUCGUUUGUGUUGCAUGAUCGUUGCCCUUCAGGUCUACUUAUCUGAGUUAAAUAUGAGGUUAUUAAAAUUAGUGUUGACCUAAAUGUUGAUUUGUCUGUAGGACUAUGAUUUCUGUACUUUAAUAAAAAUGAAAAAGAAUGGGAA